CCGUAGCUGCAGUGCCACAGCCCGUCGGGAGGGAGGCCGGCCGAGGAGCGGAGUCGCAGCCAUGUUCGGGGCUGGGGGGCUGAGGGAGCUCUUCGAAGAAGACCCCUUUUUCCGACUACCCUACGAAGAAGUCAGUGUUGUGUGAUGGGUAUUAUCACAUCCUAGUUGGUGAAAUGUCAUAUCAGAGAAAAUGUGGGUUGCCUGAUGCUUCAGUUGAUCCAGUGGGACUGUAAAGAUAACAGACUACAAAAAGUGAUUUAUGAUUAUGCAACGUCAAUAUUAUGCAGAGCCCUAAUAGACUAUGCGGAGCACAGGGAGCCUUUUGCUGCACAGCAUCAAUACAUGCGUCAAAUGAUGAGAAGUUUUUCUGAUCCUUUUGGACGAGAUCCAUUUCUCAGUAUUACAGAGGGUGGCGAAAGAGCUCGAGGUCAAAGAGGACACCAUGAUUCUCAGGUUGCUUUGAGAGGAAAUCAGAGAGCAGAGAGCUGCUCCCUCAUGCCCUUUGGCAGUUUUGGUAGCAUGAAUUCAGAUUUCAGAGAUCCUUUCUUUGCAAUUGACAGAACUAUAUCAAACAUGAGAAACAGUAUGCUAGAACUGCAAAGAAAUUUUGAUCAUCUCUCACUCAAUCCAGAUGCACACUCAUUCAGUUCUUCUUCUGUGAUGACAUAUUCCAAGAUAGGUGAUGAACCACCAAAGGUUUUUCAAGCUUCAGCUCAGACCCGCACAGCUCCAGGAGGUAUCAAAGAGACUAGAAAAGCACUUAAAGAUUCUGAAAGUGGGCUGGAAAAAAUGGCUAUUGGUCAUCACAUUCAUGAUCGUGCCCAUGUAAUUAAAAAAUCAAACAACAACAAAACUGGUGAUCGAGAACUGAAUCAAGAAUUUAUCAACUUGGAUGAAUCUGAGGCCCACAUAUUUGAUGAGGAAUGGCAGAAGGAGAUUAUGAAGUUUAGAACAUCUGGAGCUAGAUGCAAUUUAGAAGCUCCAAAACACAGAAGUAACCAUCAUAUAAGCAAGGAAGAUGCAUCAAGGAGGGAGAAACCCCACCCAAAACCACUGAUUGCAGGAUCCAGAAGACCUGAAGUUUCUGUGGAGAACCUCAAUGUGAAAGGAUCGCAUGUCCCAAUCAAAACCAGCAAAAGAUAAAUGGCUUGUAUAAUGAUUUGGAUGGGAUCUUUUUCAGAGAAGAUAAUGGUGCUAGAUCAUAGACCAAUCCCUGGUUUUUAAGUGUUAGUGUGCCCUGCUCGUCUAGUCAUUCGACCACUGAAUGUUCUUGAAGACACCAGCUCUUUGGCGACUACAUCUGGGUCUGAGCAGUAAAAGAUUUACCACUGAAAAGCA